UCACAGCACCGCCUGCUGACACCUGCCACCAGGCCGUAUCGCGGGUGCUCGGGACCCCGACCUCUCGUUGGAACUUCUACUUCACAACCGUACUAUGGGAUAGGAGUGGGGCAGCAGCCAGGAGCAGGGGGUACCGCGAACAGCCCUGCCCAGCGCUCCCUCCUCGGGGAUGGGCUGAGGCGGCAGGAGGCAAACGCUUCCCCCAGCUUCCAGCUCCGGCCACCCGCAGCGCCCGGGCCCGGGCUCGCUCCGCGAAACGCCAGGCCCCGCUGCAGGGCGGCAGCAGCGGAUUAAACCAGAGCGGAACGCGGCAAGCGGGGCCGCGUUGCGCAGGGAAGAGUGUGCGGUGCACCGGCGCCGGCCGGCGGAGAGGGGCGGGCUGCCAUGGCGGUGGACAUCACCCUGCUCUUCAAGGCCAGCGUGAAGACGGUGAAGACCCGAAACAAGGCGCUGGGGGUAGCGGCUGGGGACACCGCCAGAGAUGAGCUGCUCAAGCGAAGCGCCGCCCGCUCCAAGAGCGACUUCACCAGCCGAGCCCGAGAAGUGAUUUCUCAUAUUGGAAAGCUGAAAGAUUUUCUUCUGCAACACAGAAAGGAUUACAUCAAUGCUUACAGCCAUACUAUGUCUGAGUACGUGAGGAUGACAGAUACAGAGCGUGACCAGAUAGAUCAAGAUGCUCAGAUAUUUAUGAGGACAUGUGCUGAUGCCAUUCAUCAGCUGAGAACAGAAGCACACAAAGAUGUCCAAUCCACUCAGGUAAAGGAGCAUAGAACAGCUGUCUUGGACUUCAUUGAAGAUUACUUAAAAAGAGUGUGUAAGCUGUAUUCCGAACAAAGAGCCAUCCGAGUAAAGCGAGUGAUAGAUAAGAAGAGACUCUCCAGACUUGAACCUGAGCAGAGCAAUGUGCCCAAAUCCCCUUUGUCUGCUGAUGAUAAACCUUCACAGAAUCCUGUGGACGAUUCUGAAGAAAAACUUUCUGCUGAGGAGAGCAAAGACAGGAAUCUGCCCGAUGCCCAGAGUAACCUUGCAUUGUGGGGGGAUGGCAAAGGUGAGGAUGAGCUGUCACCUGAAGAAAUACAAAUGUUUGAACAGGAGAACCAGAGACUCGUUGGUGAAAUGAACAAUCUCUUUGAUGAAGUCAGACAAAUUGAAGGAAAAGUGGUGGAAAUCUCCAGAUUACAAGAGAUAUUCACUGAAAAAGUCUUGCAGCAGGAAACUGAUAUCGACAAUAUCCAUCAGCUAGUUGUGGGUGCGACAGAGAAUAUCAAAGAAGGCAAUGAAGACAUACGAGAGGCAAUCAAAAACAAUGCUGGAUUUAGAGUAUGGAUCCUAUUCUUCCUUGUGAUGUGUUCAUUUUCCUUGCUGUUCCUGGACUGGUAUGAUAAUUAACUACAAAGACCAGGUUGUCUAUUUCGUUUGUAGAACUUCUGACAUUUUUUCAGUGGGCUGUUGGGGCCUUCCUCUCUAUUUCAUGCCUUUGUCCAUGCUGCCACGAUGGAACAUUUUCCCAAUAAAUACACCAGUGAAUCCA